AUGCCCAAGUCACGUAAUAAGAAGGAUGCCAAUGUAUCGACUUCGAAAUUCUCGCAACCAUUACCACUAUUAGACAGUAUACGUGGUCAGACACAAUCAACGGUGAAUAUGGACAAUGAUUCAGACACAGAUAACUUGAAAAUACCACCAACAGCAGUUGGUUGGCAAUGUAACAUGGAUGAUUGGUCGGAUGCGAAAGCUCCGAACAGUGCAGAGAAUCAAUUUCCUCAAAGUCUUCGUUCACUUGAACGAAAACAAGAAAAAAAGAAAGAUCUUCUUCUAAAAACUUUGACAGUCAACCAUGAAAACAUGAACAAAGAAGCAGAGAAGAAGGCAUCAUCAGAUGAUAUUGAUCUUCCAAAGCUAACUCAACUUGUAACAGAUCUCAUAACCGGGAAUGGAGGUGAAAAAGCGUAUGACGACUUUUUGUCUAUUCUUCAAUAUUUCUCCGUGCAUUCAACUCGUGACGAUCAUCUCGAAGAAACCGUUUAUCAUUUAAUUCAAGCUGCGGUUAGUUUUAUUCGUUCGAAUCAACAACGAUUCGAUUUAACCAAACUCGACGAAUGUUAUCGUCGACGGCAUCUUCUUAAAAGCAAUUCUACUCAGUAG